ACAAAAUCCGCGUGAUGGUGUGACACGAGUUUUAGCUUGAAAACAAGCGGUAAGAUUAGCCUGACCAACACGGAAAUUAAAAACUACAGCGUGUGUAUUUCCAAAGUCGAAUUGUUAUUAGGUGUUAUAGGUUUACUUAGGAGGAGAAAAGUCAGUAAAUAUGCAGUAGAUAAACGACCUAAUGUACUUUGUACCAAGAGACAUUCACACACAGACCCUCCUGCACUCUCCUCUUUGACUACUACCGUAUAUUCUAGCAGGUCUGAAAAUUAAAGCAAGAUUGCUUGAUUAAAUUGAAAAGGACUUUAAUUUGAGUUGCGACGAUUUUUGGACACGGGCUUUUCAAAAACAAUGGAGGAGCCACUGUCCCCUCGAGAGUCUGGUCAGUUUGUGGCCGAGCGGAGUCGAGAUGUUUUCGUGGAUGAAGAUGGUGUUGAACGUGUAGCGCAGAUGAUUUACGAGCUCCGUGACAGCGAAGAAUUCACAGCCAGCGGCUGGAAAAUGAUGAAUCCUCUGGCACCUUCACCAGACUCAGAUGAUGCCAUCAACUGGGUAUUUGUGACGGACACCAUGAACUUCUCCUUCUGGCCUGAGAAGGAGGAAGAACAGUGUGAGGUCACAUGCAGGGGAAACACCUAUCGAGGGUACAUGUCUCUCUGUGCUGCUGUGACUAGAGCUAUGGAUGAAGGAGUGCCCAUUACGAGCCCCACCUACUUCUCUCAGAUCAGUGAGGCCGAGCUGGCCAAAGUCCUGCGUUCGGACAACACUAUUCCCAUGCCCAUGCUGAGAGAGCGUCACCAGGCCCUAACAGAGGCCGGACGAGUGCUCAUGGAGCAUGGUGGAUCCUUCCGGAUGUUCAUGAGUCAUUGUGAGAAUGAUGCAGAGAGGAUGAUGAAGUAUAUUGUUCAGAAUAUACCGUCAUACAGAGAUGAAGCCACAUAUGAGGGUAAGAGGAUCUCGUUUUACAAGAGGGCUCAAAUCCUUGUGGCAGACUUUUGGGGCAUCAUGGAGGCACGAGGGGAGGGCAACAUCCCUAACCUUGACUACCUGACCAUGUUUGCUGACUACAGGGUGCCACAAGGCCUUGUGUACCUUGGGGCUUUACGUUACUCUGAUGCCCUUAUGGAGACAUUGAAAAACGGUGAAUUGUUGAGCUCGGGUGAGAGGCGAGAGGUGGAGAUCAGGGGUUGCUCCAUCUGGUGUGUGGAGAGAAUCCGGCACCAUCUGUGGAAGCUUGUGGAAGAGAGAGAUGGGAAGAGCUGUCACAUCAACUCUGCUCUUAUUGAUUUUUACCUGUGGCCAUAUGCUAAAAAACACCACAAAGAAAUGGCACAUAUUCCAAUACAUCACACUCGCUGCAUCUACUAUUGACAGCAUCUUUUUUUUGCCAAGUUCUUUUUGUAUCAUGUUGUUUAUACCUUUAAAUAAAGUUAUUAAAAUGA